GCAAAACACGGCAGUGGACCUGAAAGACAGGCGAUAUGGACCAUCAUCGGGUUGACAGAGUGGGCCUGCUGUCUCCCCUGGAGGAGUCCAGCGCUGAGAUAAGCAGAGACAGCGGCAUCGUCUCCCAGAGCGCGAGCAGUUUGUCCAUGGUGAGCGAAAUCCUCAGCAGCGGUACCGUGUCGCAGAGCCCCAGCUUUGGCGCAGCAGCUAACGUUAACAUCUCUCAAAGCCCGAGCCUCAACGAAGCAGCAGAGCCCGGGACACCGGAGCAGCAGUACCCGGAGCAGGACGACGAGGUCCUGAGACACAGCGCCCUCAGCUACUCCUCCUACAUCAGGGCGACCGCGGGAGAAGAGAUCCUGUGCUUGGACAAGAGCUUGGAAGAAAUGCUGACGAGAGUAGAUGAGUUUGUUGGAAUGCUGGAUAUGAUCCGUAAUGAUACCUCCCAGAUAGUGAAUGAAAACCUACCUCAAAUCCAGCAGAAGUCGGAUGAAAUGAGACAAAUAUACAGAAGAAUUGACAAGUUAGAGGCCUUUGUAAAGAUGGUUGGAGCCAACGUCAGUGCGAUGGAGGAGCAGGUCACGCAGGCAGAAGGAGAACUAGGAACACUACCGGGUGCUUUCAAGAAGAUCCUCCGCACAAUGAGUGUCCCGGGCUUCCUAAAUAAACCGGCCAGCCCGAGAAGACCGGCACCACAUCAGCGUCAAGAGGUCCCCAGCGUUUUCCGGACAGAUGAUUAUUUCACAUCACAGCCAGAGCAGUGACACGCUAGAACAUUUAACACAUCACUUGGUUCUAACCUCAGAGGCCCGCUGGGUGAAACUGUAGAGACGACUUUUACUGCCAUCCAUUGCAAAAGGAUCUAUUGGCGCAGUGGCCUCGACAAAGCAAUAGUAGCCUUUCUGAACAAGUCACUGGAAGUCAGUACGGAAAGACAUUCUGCAUUUUUGAGUGUCAUUUCCUGGCAGCAACAAGCACUGAACUGUAGCAAAAUGCUUUUAAAAAGUGCCUAAAUUGGUCUUAUCUCUGUCGGUCUUAUUUUCACAAUUUUGUGAAGAAAACAAUGUCAGAUUUUGGAUAUGUGACAAGUCAGGAGGACGAAGUCAUCCCACUUGCUGAAAAGACACUGUAAAGAAGGUACAAUAGGAGGAGCUGUAAACAUCUGUAAAGACGUAUUUCAUGAAAAAAAAAUUACCCACCUUUUUUAUAAAUUACAUUCCUGUUACUGGUGUUUGUAAAGACCUGCACGCUGUUAUGAAUUAAUCUGUGUUUCUAAUGUCUUGUCACUCCCUCCGAGCAAUAUUGAUCUCGUCCAGUUAAGCAUUUAAUGUCUUCCAUUUCAAAAUAUUCACUUUAGUGCUAGCCUAAUGUUCCCGGCUGUGGAUGACAGUUGCCUCAUUGAUUUGGGCCUACAUCUUUGAUAGCACCUUUUCAAUAAAAGCACACUAUAGCCGAGUUGUUACUUGAUUAUGAAGUUUUGGGCCAGGGCUGGAGCUGUGAUUGUGACAAUAACCGGAGGAGGCCUGGAUAUUGUCCUCUGGAGACAGCUAUACCUUAUAGAUGUGAUGUGACCCGUACCCAUCCAACAAGGUUUAAUCAGUAAUGGUUACAGCUAGGAUUUAUUAUGUGAUUUAUUGUUUGCCAAAAUAGUUAGGAAUAAAGAUGUUUCAUUUCCAGGUUGAUUUUUGUUUGUUUUUUAAUAAUCAUUAAAGAUUUAUUUGAAGUUU